GUAUUUCUGUGGUGUCAAUAAGCCUGAGCGCUCCAAAACUAUGUUUUCUGGCAACAGCUGAUCUGCACUCUCCAGACUUUGACAUCCAGCCUAACAUCACUGCUCUCUGUCUGAGAGCGCUGAGGCAGCUGCUGCGGGUCUCCUGGAAAAAAAUAGCAACAACGCAGCCAUUUUGAGUCGUCUACGGUAAAGUCAAAUUGAUACUAAAUGCUUCGAUACUGUGUGUAAAUCUGCAAAGACGUGUUGCACAACACAGAAACUCUUUCAGAGACGCUCCUCGGUGUGAUAAAGUCCCACCAGGGGCAGCUCAGCGAGUGGUAUCGUUGUUUUCCCGUGGAGCUGUCAGACUGAGCAGACACUCUACACUGCAGCUCGCGACCAUUUGUUCCAAGCUUUAUUUUCCUCGAGGAGCCAAUCACAGCGCCCGGCGAGGCCGCGUCAUCGCGGGUGCAUCCAAUCGGCGCAUGCGUCUCACGAGCGAGCGUAGCUGGGCAAAGAUGGCGGCGGGCUCCGAUUUGCUGGAUGAUGUUUUCUUCAACACAGAGGUGGACGAAAAAGUAGUUAGUGAUAUAGUCGGAUCUCUGGAGUCUGAGCUAACAGGAGCAGGGCAAGUCAACACAGCGACCAGGGUCCAGUCUGCAGCAAAUCACACCGGCAACUCAGCUGUAGGGAUUAAUUCCAAUGUUCAGGGCAGCAAAAUGGGACUUUCACAACAAGAGCUUGCUAAAGCAGGGACAGGAGUGCAAGGAGGUGUCAUUAACAGUACGGGGUCCCACGGUUCAAGCAUGGAUGGAGCAGCCGGGACCACAGCGAGCAUGACAGCCGCUCAGACUCAGUCCAAGCCGGGGACAGCUAGCGGAGUCGUUACGGUAGUGUCUGAUGUUAGGAAACCUGUAACGACUGGUGCUCAAACUUUGAAUGGAAGUGCCGUGGUGAUGAACUGUCAUGUCACGGGAGGCGGCUCACAGCCCGCUGUCACGCUUGUCAACAACGGACCUGUUUCAGUGAGCAAAGGAGGCGCAACAGUUUUAUCCGCAGCACCCAGUACUAUUAUACGAACUUCUUCGACGACUGCGAGUGCUGUGAUUUCCUCUCAGCCCUCUGUGAAAACUGUACCCACUGUCACGCUGGUGAGGCCACCUAUGCAAACUCCCACGAACACCUCACAAAGCGGCGGCAACCCCACCACAGUUUUAACAUCAGCAGCCGUCAGUGUCAUGAGCACUGCUGGCUCUGCUGUGAACAAGUUUGACUCCACAAAGACUAUAAUGCAGACUGGUGCGCACAUCGUGGCUUCAACUGUUGCGACAGGGACAACAGCGACCCUGAGGAGCCCGACUGUUCUGCAGAACUUGAGGACUUCAGUACCGUCAACAAUCGCUGCCACUCCUCCUGCUGGAAUACGAGCUAUUGCUCCACAGGUGUUGGCCCCACGACUCACCCAGCCUCAACCAAACGCCCCAAACAUCCAAAACAUCCAGCUCCCUCCAGGCAUGGUCUUGGUCCGCAGUGAGAGCGGGCAGCUGCUGGUGAUUCACCAGCAAACCUUGGCCCAGAUGCAGGCUCAGUCGCAGUCCCAAAGCGCCAUGACACCACGGCCUGCAGCCCCCACCAGCACUCCACCUGUCCAGAUCACCUCUCUACAGGCUCCAGGCGCAUCACUGCUGGCCCGUCCCGUUACGCCCACCACCAUUAUUAAACAAGGUUCCACAGUCCAGACCACUGUGACGGCCACCACGACACUGCAGAGGCCUCCUGUACUGCAGAACACCAUCAUGCUGGGCGGGACUGCCGCCACCCCGGGACAGCCGCUAGGAACGCCGACCACCGUGCAGCCUGGAUCUGCAGCCACAGCAGUUACACAGAGGGUAACUGGGACCCCUGUCACUCCAACAGCUAUCACAGCUGAGACACUGGAGAAUGUAAAAAAGUGUAAAAACUUUUUGUCCACGUUGAUCAAGCUGGCGUCCAGUGGGAAACAGUCCUCUGAGACUACGGCCAACGUCAAGGAGCUGGUCAAGAACUUGCUGGAAGCAAAGAUAGAGCCUGAAGAUUUCACCAGUCGGUUAUACCGGGAACUCAACUCCUCACCACAGCCGUACCUUGUGCCUUUCCUGAAGAGAAGCCUCCCAGCACUGCGUCAGAUGACCCCAGACUCCGAGGCCUUCAUCCAGCAGAGCUUGCUGCCCAGCACUCAGACUACUGCAGCAGCCUCCACAGCCCUCACCGCUGUGGUACUGCGACCUCCUCUCUCCACGGCCACCACUGCGGCCACCAGCACUGCAGCGACCAAAACCACAGUCAUCAGCCUCACUCAGACGCCUCACAGUAAACCUGGACUGUUAGUGCCCCAGCAACAGGGGACGAUUGUGAGGCCACAGGUGACGCUGGCUCAGUCUCCCAUGGUAACACUCAGAGGACAAUCUCAUAGCCGCAUCAUUGUGGGCCAGCCGCAGGUGGUCAAACAGCUACAGACAGCUGUGAAGCAGACAUUGGCACCAGGGGUCAAAGGAGUACAAGUCAUCAGUCAGGCGUCUCUUGCUGCUGCUCAGAAGAACAAGCUGAAGGAAGCAGGAGGGGGAACCUUCAGGGACGAUGAUGAUAUCAAUGAUGUGGCGUCCAUGGCAGGAGUCAACUUGUCUGAGGAGAGCGCCCGUAUCUUAGCAACCAACUCGGAGCUCGUCGGCACGGUGACUCGUUCCUGUAAGGACGAGACCUUCCUUUCCACCUCUUUACUCACCCGCAGAGCUCUGGAGAUCGGUAGGAAGUUUGGCGUCAGUGAGCUUGGCACGGACGUGAUCAACUACAUAUCUCACGCUACACAGCAGCGACUACAAAACCUGCUGGAAAAGGUGUCACAAGUGGCACAGCAGAAAAACACAACCUUCAAGGAGGACGAGCGGUGUGAGCAGGUCAGCGAUGUGCGAGCCCAGCUUAAAUUCUUCGAGCAGCUGGAUCAGAUGGAGAAACAAAGGAAGGAGGAGCAGGAGAGGGAGAUUCUCCUAAAGGCUGCAAAGUCUCGGUCACGGCAAGAGGACCCUGAGCAGCUCAGACUUAAACAAAAGGCCAAAGAGAUGCAGCAGCAGGAGCUGGCUCAGAUCAGACAAAGAGAAGCCAACCUAACGGCGCUGGCAGCAAUCGGCCCGAGGAAGAAACGGAAAAUGGACUCUCCUGUUCGGGGCGCCAGCGCAGAGGGCUCAGGGUCAGGCCCCUCUCAGCCUGGAGGCCCCAGUGGAGCAGGCUCCAGACAGUUUAUGCGACAGCGCAUCACCAGAGUCAACCUUAGGGACCUGCUCUUCUGCCUGGAGAAUGAAAGAGGGACCAGUCACUCACACCUGCUCUAUAAAGGCUUCCUCAAAUAGCACCCGCACUAAAAUGACUAGUCUCGCUCAGUGGCAUUAAGGAAGCAGAGUUGACUGUCAGCUCAGACCCUUUCUGCCGGUACUUCCUUUGAUCACCCACUGCUGAAUGAUGAGGCGUCUGUCUGUGGGAGGAGAAUUAUCUGGAACACUGAAGACACGUCGUCUUUUAAAAGCCUCCUCAAGCACAAGUCUUUUGUAUUUUCAGAGGAGCAAAUAUUUGAACUCGGCUCUGAUUUUAGCGUGCCUCUCAGCUCGGUUUGCUCUUCAGAGACCAGUUGCACCCAACCACACUUCACUCAUGCACUGCCUCAUGCUGCACACAAGGAAAAAAAUGUCUUAAACUGAACUGAGCACUUCAAAUCCGAAGACCUUGUCGGUGUCAUUUGCACUGACAUCUGUGUUGUAGCAGCAAAUCUCUGUGAAGUGGUUCCACUUUAGAUUAAUGUGCAACAUUCAGGUGUAACAGCCUGCUCUUACAAAACUGCAGUAAUGCUAAUGUUCUUCACCAUGUUAGCAUAAGCACUCUGUUUAUUUAAGUUCCUAACAGAGAUUUUAAUUUAUCACACAUUUAUACUAUAUUUUAGCACAGUUUCAGCGCCUGUGGAUUUUUUUUUUCCAGAGACUAAUCUUGACUAGCCUUGUCAUCUGCUGAGUUGCCUUCUUAACAGAUUAAGCCAUAUGGAUUAGAAUGUGUUGAUCAGCUUCAGUGACUUCAUCUUUCCAACACUUCUCUCCAGAUUUUGUGGGAUGUUUGCUUUGUUGUUUUGUUGUGCGCCUCCUUUGUUUGUCUGUGCUUGAUUGGAAAGAAAAAUGAUUGUUUUUGUGUCAUGUGUUGUGCAUGAUGUAAUCACAGGUGUUGGUAUUUCAAACUCUCGCUACUGAAGCUCUUUUGUUUUUAAUUUACUGUGCGAGUUCCUGACACAGUUGCUGAAAGCGACAUUUCACCUUUAACUCAGAUUGUAGCACAUUUACUACAAAGGCGGGAUAUACUUUACAUUCCUAUCGAUCAUUUCUGAAGCUCAGCACACUCGCUGAGAUUUGUUUUCACCUUGCCAGCAGUCAGCAGUUACCAUUCAUUUCUUUAGCGAUGGUAGAAAAUGCAACUGAACCUUUUAUCACAGUGAACAUUCUCUCCAAGGCGGUUGUUGUUUCCCACUUUAUCAUUGCACACAAAAAGUCUGCAGAUGUUCUAGUGUGUUAAAGGGGGCUUAAUAUGCUUUUCCUUGUUUCCUUUCAUGUAUAUAAUGUUGCAUUGUUGGAUGCUCAUAUUAAACGUGGCCAAAGUUCCAAGUAACGAGGUAAACUCAUGUUAAAGUAAUUCCUGUGAGCAUAAACCUCAGGCAUCACAAUGUUUUUUCUGCACUGGCUAAAAGCUGAACUCAGCUUGUAACCAAUUUCUUCAUAUAAUCAUUUGCUUUAGGCAAGUGCUGCAUUACGGACACUGCUACAUGUAGCUUUAUGCUAACAUCAGGGAUGUAAUCUUAGGGGCCGUACACAUGCUGUGUCUUUAACCGUCUGGAAAACGCGAGGUUAGGCACUGGGCCCCACUUGUGUGCCUUUUUUUGUGCCAGCUUUCAAGAGUGCGUCAGCAGGUACCAUAGCCCGUUUACCAAAAAUCCUGAGUGUAUGGGCCUAUCAUCCGUGGGACAGAUGAAAACCUCUGGCAACUCUGCACCAAAAUAAACAACCUCUCCAUAUUUAUCACAGACUGGUAUUUACGGAAGAAGGGAAAGAUGUCUGUCGGCUGUGAUUCGUUUGUCCUUGUCACAUGACUGCUGCUACAUUCCAAAAGUUGAGCUCGGUUUAUCUCAGAGCGCAGCUGUCUCGCCUUGAAAAAUGGUCACUUGGGAACGCAUGCGUGCCGCGACUGCAUCCCUCUGGCAUUUGUGUGCGCCUGCCUCGCGUCUACAUUGAAAACAGUGAAUUUGAAGGCGCAAAAAACGUGGCAUGUGUACGGCCCCUUAGUUGCGAUGUUCAUUUUUCCCUGAUUUCGAAUCACAGUCCUGUUGGAACAUGUCCAGUUAUGAAGAUUUUGGUUCUGAGGCAGAGAGCUGCUAUACUCCGUCGUUCUCUAUACAGGCGUUCGCAGACUGCAAUGAAGGUGCAGAGCAUGGAUGUUCUUUAAUACACCGAUGGUACAGAGAUGCUGAGACCACUGAUUUGGAAGACCAAGAAACACUGACAAAUCAGAGCAGACUGGGCUUUUUCAGAAGGAGGCCUUAAAAAGACAGGUGCUAAACUAGAGUGUUACAGAUAGAGGGUAGAUGCCAAGCGGCAACCACCGGGGCUGACAGAUUUAGCUAAUAUGGAAGUGCCAAAAACUGCUGUUUUGUUGACUAGAGGCUGACUCCAGGGAGACAAUACCCAUAGACCCGCCUGUUAAAAUGCCUGACUUUACAGCAGAAAUAAACAUGUUUACAGAC